AUGUCUUACGAAGGUGAAGAAGAACUUUUGGACUAUUCCGAUUCCGAAGAAAUCGCCGUGCAGCCAACCGUCGUUGAUGCCACCGCCACCGAAGAGUCCAAGGACGAAGCCAACAAGAAGGGUUCGUACGUUGGUAUCCACGCCACCGGUUUCAGAGACUUCUUGUUGAAGGCCGAAUUGGUCAGAGCCAUCGGUGACUGUGGUUUCGAACAUCCAUCUGAAGUCCAGCAAAUGACCAUUCCCCAGUCCAUCUUGGGUACCGACGUCUUGUGUCAAGCCAAGUCGGGUUUGGGUAAGACCGCCGUUUUCGUGUUGUCCACCUUGCAGCAAUUGGAGCCGGUUCCGGGCGAGGUUGCUGUUUUGGUCAUCUGCCACACCAGAGAGUUGGCCUACCAGAUCAGAAAUGAGUACGCUAGAUUCUCCAAGUACAUGCCAGACGUCAAGACCGACGUGUUCUACGGUGGUUCUCCAAUCGCCAAGGAUAUUGAAAAGUUGUCCAACAAAGACACCUGCCCACACAUUGUGGUAGCCACCCCAGGUAGAUUGCACGCUUUGGUCCGUGACAACCACUUGAGAUUGAACAACAUCAAGUCGUUCGUGAUCGAUGAGUGUGACAAGGUCUUGGAAGCCGUGGACAUGAGAAGAGAUGUGCAGGACAUCUUCAGAAAGACCCCGCACCAAAAGCAGGUCAUGAUGUUCUCCGCCACUUUGUCUUCCGAGAUCAGACCGAUCUGUAAGAAGUUUAUGCAGAACCCAUUGGAGAUCUAUGUCGACGACGAGGCCAAGUUGACCUUGCACGGUUUGCAGCAGUACUACAUCAAGUUGUCUGAGAGAGAAAAGAACAGAAAGUUGUCCGACUUGUUGGACUCCCUUGAGUUCAACCAGGUCAUCAUCUUCGUCAAGUCCACCUCCAGAGCCAACGAGUUGAACAAGUUGUUGUGUGCCUGCAACUUCCCGUCCAUCGCCGUCCACUCCGGGUUGCCACAGGAGGAGAGAAUUGAAAGAUACAAGUUGUUUAAGGAGUUCAACAAGAGAAUCUGUGUUUCUACCGACGUGUUCGGCAGAGGUAUUGAUAUUGAGAGAAUCAACUUGGCCAUCAACUACGACAUGCCAAGCGAGGCGGACCAGUACUUGCACAGAGUCGGUAGAGCUGGUAGAUUUGGUACUAAGGGUUUGUCUAUCUCUUUCAUCUCCAACGAGCAGGAUGAGGAAAUCUUGGCUAAGAUCCAAGAGAGAUUCGACGUCAAGAUCGCCGACUUCCCAGAGGAAGGGGUCGACCCAUCCACCUACAUGAACACCUAA